ACGACGAAUCACGAUCACUUAUAGUUUGCGAUCAGUGCAGUUGAUAAAUGGAGGAUUUGUGUUUGUCAAGGUAGUUUUGUUUACGCGUAAAUUUUCAUUCGGUAUCAACACAUCGUGCGUUUUGUGUGUGCUAAGAGGUAGAUGAAGGUGCGUAACAGUUUCCUUCGGGUUUCGUAUUAAAUUUCAAAGGAUUUAACAUGUCUCGCAAUCAUAAAGACAAGUAUGAAAACUCCAACCCACGUCGUACACAUACUUUUAUGUCUACGGAAGAUGCAAACUCUGGAAAGAAAUCGUAUUGGCCAGAAUUGGAGAUAACAGGCAGUAUAAGAAAUUUAAGCCCAAAUUUAUGGCAAUUGACUCAUCUAACGGCUUUGUAUCUCAAUGAUAAUAGUUUACAAAGGAUACCAUCUGAGAUCGGACGUUUAGUCAACUUACGUGCUUUAGAUCUCAGUAGCAAUAAAUUACGGAGUUUGCCAGCUGAACUGGGGGACCUCAUCUACCUCAGAGAAUUGUUGUUAAACCAAAAUUACCUCCGAGUGUUACCAUAUGAACUAGGAAAAUUGUUCCAAUUACAAGUGCUAGGACUUCAGGGAAAUCCACUUAGCAAGGAAAUAAUGGCGUUAUAUGGAGAACCAUCUGGGACUCACAAGCUGCUGUCAUAUAUGCUGGACAAUUUACAAGGUAAGCUUUUUAGAACAGGGUUACUAAUGACUGUAUUCGUUCUCGAAGAGAGAUCUACGGUGAGUAAGCAAUUUUCAUAGUUAUGUACGAUUCGAAAAGAAAUAGAUAAACAAUCACGUUGUUAAUUACAUUAUUUCUGCUACUGUUAGUUCUUUUGGAAACUUCAAGUUAUCUGAUUAUUCCUCUAUUCUGUUCACUAAUUUGAACUUUAUAUCGAUUCUAUUAAUCGCUAAUUUACGUCCGGUCUCCUUGACAGGAUAUUUUUAAUUUAGGUUUUUUCCUCUGUCGUAUAAUUAUUUUAAUAAAAAUUUCAUUUACGAUAUAUUGUUCCGACGAAUGAAACGAUUGAUCAACAACGGUUCAAUUUCUGUUAUCGGCUUCCUUUGUGCUUUCAUUCGCAUUUUUAAUAUCGCAGAAAUUUACCUUGCAGAUCGUAAUUACGCGAAACCGAAUACGAUUUACUUGCGUUAUAGGAAAAAAUAAUUUCAAUCUUUUACGACACGUCGAUUAUUAUACUUUGUAUAAAACGACGUCGAUGAUAUUUUACGGCAAUUAGCUCGUUUGUUAAUUAUGUGAAAAUCAACUUUUAUGUCGAUAACGUUCUAACGGUUCCUCGAUCCAACGUGUGCAUGUGUCGGUGCUUAAACACGUAUAGCAGGUAUUCGUUGCUACGUUAGUGAAUGAUUGAUCGAUUCGAAAGCGAUUACUUGUACCUUGGGUUAACUGUAGGCAUGGAUUUGCACCAAUUUACAACGCGAUUAAGUCCACGAUGUCUUGGCAAUAAUUAACAAGAGGAGCAGGUUAAUGGUGCUCUAAGCAGAAUCUACUAUCUAUUGUGUUCAAAUUCCUCCAGUAGAACGAUCGAUAGAAUCAACAAACAAUAUUUGAACGCGUGCAUUGAACGCGUAAAAGCAUCUCCUAUGAAAACAGCCACUGAUUUCUAAUCACUGUAAUCACCAGGCAAAAUAUUAUCAUCGGAAAUAUUAUUAUGCGCUCGUAUUCCGAAGAUAUUUCACGGUUUACUAAAUUUCUGUUUCUAAAGUAUUUCGUACGAGGAAAAGCUUGCGGAGAAUUCGUUGAUGUUUUGCAAGUAUCAUGCCAAUAACUGUACAUGCCUCUUUAUGAAAUUAUCUUUCAGAAAAAAACGUUUAACAUAAAGUAAAUUUUAUACGUCCUAUUGUGAUGUUUGCGGAAUAAAUAUUGGAAUAAAAUGAAUAUUCAUAAGGAAAUUAGAUUUAGAAAGUUGUCGACAUUCGCGUCCAA